CCCAACCUUUCUGUACACUCCAACAACGAAAGUCUGGCGCUGUUGCAUUCCAUCAAUCGCUCUGCUGUGCUGAGAUUACACAGCGUGCCACAGAUAUCUCCAACCAGGCUGCUAUACCAAAGUCAGCUCGUGUCAGCCACGUCUGCACCAUUGAUCAUGGUGUCUUUGCGGCGCUCUGCUCGUGUCUCUGUCAAGUCCGAAUCGAAGGGAGAACGUGCGAAUGACAAUCAUACUGCCGAAGUUGCCACAGAACCGGUCAAGCGAGGCAGAAAACGCAAGGCGACAGACGACCACGAUGCAACUUCAAUGGCCCCGCCUCCUGCAACCCCAAAUCAGAAGCGCGGAAAGGUUGCCAAUGGAAGUGGUAUCAAGCCACCACCAUUCACUCCCACGCCUGCCGCCAUCGGACUGAUGAACGGCACCAGCAAAGUUGGAACGAACUACAGCACUGGAGAUAUUGACGAUCCCACUCCUCCAGCGACAAGGCCUGCCAAUGCGCACCAUACGAACGCCACUCUUGUAACACCUGGUGGUACGCAACUAGAACCAGCCUACUCCAAUUUCGAAGAAGCCUCGCCCUCCAAAGCCGGCGGCCCCAGAACCACAAGCAAGACUCUUCUGGAUGAAGCAUGCGCUCACCUUCUCCAAAUCGACUCGACCCUCACCGGCAAACUCCAGCCCGUGAUAGACCAGCACUACUGCCGCGUAUUCUCCCCCGAAGGCCUCGCUGAAAAUAUCGACCCAUUCCGCAGUCUCGCGAGUGGGAUUAUGGCGCAACAAGUCUCGGGCGCAGCGGCAUCCUCGAUCAAGAACAAAUUCAUCGCCUUGUUCCCUCCCGAAGCCUGUCCCACAGGUUUCCCGCCUCCGAAUCUCGUCGCGGCAACAGACCUCGCAAUCCUUCGCACUGCGGGCUUGAGUCAGCGCAAAGCAGAGUAUAUCCAAGGUCUGGCCCAGAAGUUCGACACGGGUGAGAUCACGACGAAACAGCUCAUGACGGGAUCGGAUGAGGAUGUCAUGCGGGAUCUUGUCGCUGUCCGAGGACUGGGCGCUUGGUCGGUGGAGAUGUUUAUGUGUUUUGGCUUGAAGAGGUUAGAUGUGUUUAGUACGGGCGAUUUGGGUGUACAGAGGGGUAUGGCCGCGUACAUGGGGAGAGACGUGAGUAAGUUGAAAGCCAAAGGGGGCGGGAAGUGGAAGUAUAUGAGUGAGAAGGAGAUGGUGGAUUUAGCAGAGAAGUUCCGACCCUAUCGGAGCUUGUUUAUGUGGUACAUGUGGCGCAUCGAAAACGUCGAAGUAGCUGCCGUGCAGGAUAAUGCGGAGAAGUGAGAGGCCAGCUUCCACUGUAUCUCUCUAUAGGUUUCAGCUCAUGUAUGCGACUUCGCGCGGAGUGAGACAGACUGCAGCUCUUCAGUCCAGAUGGUGACCAUCUCCUGAAGAGUACCAUCUGCCAAUUCGGAAGGUCACUCUCGCGGACAUGAGUCUGAUAGACUUGCACGUCCUCUAAUGUGUCGUCUCUAGUCACAAGAUGACUGGUCCAGUGGAUCCCGUAGGGAAUAGAAUCAUGAAGGAAGGGAGACUUUGGGGCCACGAUACGAUGAGAAUGUAAAGCUCGCGAGCUCGUACUACAAAGGCCUGUCACAGCUAUCUGUUGUACUCUUUCUCUUCUAUACAAUGCGUAUUCGUGACAGAUGGCAAAUAACAUCUCCGAGCAGGCAUAGUCA